AGACACCUACAGCCCGUUAGACCAACGAAACAAAGAAAAACAUAGAGGAAGAUUUAUUUAAAAAUUCCGGUCUCCUGGGCUGAAGCCUACAUCGAGAGAUGCAGAUAAAUUAGCUCAAGUAAAUGCCAAAACGUCUUUGAUAAAACUGUCCUAUGUGGUGAACUUGUUGCAUUUCCAAGGACAAUGUACAGUGAUUUUGGGGGCAGAUUUCAGAAAAGGUACAGUGUUUCAUAAAUUAAAAUAGCACUAACAGUCAUAUUUUCCGAUGAUUGAAUAAUAAUCUGUGUGUAUAUAGUAUGAUACAUUUAUUCUUGCGUUAUUAUUAAUACAGAAAGUUUUAAUCAACCUUCAGUUUGCAUUCAUACAUUAUGUUGAUGUAUCAUGGGACCAAGAAAAACCUUGUGCGAUCAAGAGGGUAAACUCAAUAAAAAUUAUGUCAAUAAAAAUUGCUGCGACUAGCUGAUUCGGCUCAUUCUAAAUAGUCAACCAUGCAUAUAUUCUCUUUUCAUAUACUUCUGGAUUGCAUUCCAUCGUAGCCUAAAUAAGGUCGUGAUGACGUACUAUCUCGAUGAUGUUUUUCAAAAUAACGCCCGUUUCGCACAAAAGGAUCUGCCAUUUUCUCUAUGACUGUUUUGUCUGUUAACAAGAAGAGAGCCAAAUAAAAAUAAAAAAGUCCCUGCGAUUUAUUGUGGAACAAUUUAAUGACUGAUCUAGGAACUGAAUGGACAAUCUACAAUUUCAUUUUGAAGCACCAUACCUUCAAUGUUAUAUUUGGAUAGACCGGAGCACGUUGGUUUUAGUAGGACGAAUAAAGUGGAGAUAUCAAAAUUGUACUAACAGGGCAAGGACUGUCCGAGAUUAUGCUUAGUUGCAAGUAUCACUUUAUUAAAUUAAAAUCAUUAAUUUGCCGUAAUAAUGCAUAUAAUAAGCAUUAGUAGGCUUCGAAAAGUUUAAACCUACAGGGUAACAGAGGAAGAUAUAUACCUCUCAGUCUCAGGCUAUAAUGCGGGUGACUACAUUGACGUACUUAGUCUCUUCCAAGAACGAUUUACAGAACGCAAAGAUGACUUUGACAGACACAAUAUAUAAGGUCUAGAACGAAGAGAUAUCCAUAAGAUUCGCUUCACGGUUGGGUCCACAGACAGAACAAAACAUGGCUGAAAGAGCAGCAAAUGAGCCUACUGAGGUCGAUAAAUCCCUUGCCGUGGCAGCCUUAUAUGGCCGUGUUAACGUAGUUAAGUAUCUCGUUGGUGAAGGAGCACAGAUUGAUGCGUGUGGUAAAGAAGGUUAUACACCUCUGUUCAAUGCAUCAGCCAAUGGUCACCUUGACGUGGUUCAGUAUCUCGUCGAUCACAGAGCACAGGUUGAGAAGGGUGAUAUUGACGGUCAUAGGCCACUUCAUAUUGCAUCAGGCAAUGGUAAUCUUGACAUAGUGAAGUACCUCGUUGAUCAAGGAGCACAGGUUGAGAGCGGCGAUAAUGAUGGCGAGACACCACUUCAUAUUGCAUCAUUCUUGGGUCGUCUUGAAGUAGUUCAAUAUCUCGUUGGUCAAAAAGCAAAGAUUGAUGUUAUUAAUUUAAAUGGUAAAACACCUCUUUACUUGGCAUCGCAUCAAGGUCAUCUUCAUGUUGUUAAGUGCCUCGUUAAUCAUGGAGCACAUGUUGAAUUGGGCAAUAAUGCUGGUGAGACACCACUUCUUAUUGCAUCACGCAAAGGUCAUCUUGAUGUAGUUCAGUAUCUCGAGAGCGAACAAGAGCAGAGGACAAACGCACGACCUGAAGGUAUGAUUAACAUUUUUUUAACAGUGAUCAUGGGUGGCUAUUUCAUGUAAAUAACGGAUACAACGUGAAGGGCGCUAUCUCGCUUUUUCAACGACUGGUUCAAAAUUAUCAAAUAUUUG